AUGUCAGGCUCUGGAUCUGGACCAGGGUCCGACUACGAUGAGGGGAAGUUGGUGGAGCCCUGCGAGGACGAUGCCCAGUCCUCCCACUCCCAGGACGUGGGGCAACGCGAGCGCUAUCCCCUGGAUCGUUUCCCGCAUCUGACCGCAUCGGCUGUGGUCAGGAUGCGUAUGGCGAUGCCGGUCCAGCCCGCCUCGCCUCCGGGGGACUAUUUACAGUCCCUCGCUCCCUCCCCCCGGCGACGCAGACGUGAGGUGGUCGCUCCCAGGAUGGAACCGCUGCUACAUUAUGCCAGCCGUGAGUGGGACGCUGAUAAGCGGCGCCUUCUGGAUCUGCCGCUCUCCUCCUCUUCCUUGUUUGGAUCGGACAUCCAGACCCUCGUGGAGCGGAUGGAAACAGCGUCCAAGGCCUCCGCUCAGUUGGCACAGCAUCUCCGUCCUCCGCGGGUUCCUCGCCCCACGGCACGGCGUCCGGGUUAUGUGGAGCGAAUAACCCGUGACCGCCCGCCCCCCCCCGCAUCGUGCAGAGCCUGGAGGCUCUCUGGGUCCAGCAGGGCUCCUGGGAACACCGUGGAUACGCAGAGUGCUGCGUCGGGCUACGCUCUCCAGUUCUCCCGGCGGCCCCCUCCUUUCUGCGGCAUUCUCCAGACAAGGCUACGCAGCCCGGAGGACGCCGUGGCGCUUCACAGGGAGGUCAACGCGCUUCUGCAGCGCGGCGCGGUAGCGGAGGAGAUUUUGUAUCGGGGGCUGGUCUUGAAUUCCAGGAGCAUGACGGCUUCACUCUCGCUGGAGAGACAAGCGGCGGUUCAGAACCUGGGCCGGAUCGUUCCGGCCCAGGUUCACAAGGUGCACAAGCGCACAAGGGCGGCCCUAGUUCCUCCUUCGACAGACCUCGGUGGGGACCGGUCUGCAGGUGGAGGGUUGUGUGGAGAGGUGUUGGCGCUCUUGGGAGAGGCGGCCUGGACACCUCUGCAGUAG